AUGCCGUCGAUUUCCAAAACCGACGUCGCUAUUAUACUGCAUGUUGUUGCACUAGUAGUGCUAUGCAACAGCACUCUCUGGCAGGCAUCUUUGCCAGUGCGAAAAGCAGUUGUUGCUACCGCAGAGCUGGUACGCAAUUGGACCCGGCUUGGUCCAGAAGAUUUACGUGGAAUCCUUCUUUGGAUGUCUGCUCCAAUCGCGUCUGAGCAUCAAGUGAAUACUAGCCAGUGCGACCAACAGAUCCUUAGUGUCGUAGGUCCGUUUGUCUUACUCGACGUCAAUCACGGCGAUGAGGGCGAAGACAACAAGACCGAAAGUGAAGAAGGAGGAUGUAUGGAGCAAGAGUUUCGAAGGCAGCAAUUCCAAAACUUCCUGGACGGAGAAGAUGAUAGAUACCGAGAGGUACAGGAAGAGCGCCAGAAGUUCGACCUUCCACGACUAGAUCGACGUUGGCGCGAAGGCAACCAGCAACUAAUCGACGCCUUCCUCGAUGCUCUUAACCGCGGGAAAACGAAAAAGUAUAUAAGCGCAUUGCUCAAGCGGCAUCCAAAAGACUGGAGGUAUAGACUUGCAAAACUAUACCCCGAAGAUGAGCAACCAGAUGUCUACAAUGUCGGCCUUGAACUACUGAUCCGGAAAUUUUGGACGGCCACGAUAGUGGGUGAGGCAAAGGAUGUGGAAAAAGAGCUCAAAUUUAUAUAUCGUAUUUUCGAGGAAAUUCGAUGUGAGCAGCCACCAACAGCGAAAGGCUUCUUGAGCAGUGAGCAAGAACUGAAGCUCAAUGGAGCCUCGUUUGAAUACCGAACCCGGUCUCCAAAGCGCACGAUUUUCACCGAUAUUGGAACACCAGUCGAAAAUGCUCUCGUGUGGCGCAGAGACCAAAAUGACGUCUUGUACUUUGAGGAGUUCACGGUUCGAUCCGACAUGCCCUCUGAUCCUUAUGCAUACCGUCCGAAUGAUAGAUAUGCGGAAUCAGCUCGGCGGGCCAUGGAUAGCUAUAGCAAGGAGCCUGUAGCAAAUCUCGAGCGCCACGAUUCCACACACAACAUGCUAGGACCCUAUACUGCAUUCAGUCGACCUGAUGCCACUGCGAAAUCAAUGAAACAUGACGCAGAAGAGCCGUUGCCUAUAGCUCAAGCGCCCCAGCCCCAAGCCCGAGACGAGGACAGCCCCAUACUUAAGGUGCCUGAGCCAUUAACCCAACGGCUGCAUAGACCCGAGAAUAAAGGCCAUCCGGACUAUCUCUCAGACAAUAGUCUAAUCUCGCAAUCGGUAGCCUACCCUGACGACGAAAUCAUCGACAUUCGUGCUGCUGCUUCAAUAUUGGGUAGAAUUGCAUCAAAGUCAAAAACUCCAGAACGAUAUGCUCCUCUGCUGCGGAUAACGGAGGAAGCUCCGCUGUAUCACACGUUCGACCAGCUUGGCAAGCGUCAAGCUGGCACAUUGUUCAACAGGGCAAUAUUCGACGCAAAGGGUGUUGACUGGACAGCAGUGCCCACCCGAUUAAGACAUCUCCCAGCCGACGAAGAAGGUCCAGAAUUGUUACGUUUCGUUUUGCCACAUAUCUGUGAAAUCAAAUGCUCCAAUCGACUCAUGAAAGAAGAUAGCUACGAAGAUCGUAUGAUGCGUGAAUUUCGCAGAUCACGACGAACCCUCAACACAUCGAUGGACAUUCACGAUCCUCCGGUGCCUUUGAAGCGCGAAAUUUUCUUAACACGGGAUAAAUAUGGCAAACUGUACUCCAAACAUUGUAUCGUGCCCAAUGAUCUACCUAGUGCGAUGAACUGUUUCCCAAACAGCGAGGAAGGAAGGCACGCACUUGAGGCCCUUCGAGAAUAUCAGGACGAGAUUGAAGUGGGCGACAAACCACGUCAGAUCCCAUCAUUCGCACGCCCACGACUCCAAGGCAAUUAA